AGACGUCAAGCCCCAUCCUAAGCAAGAAGUGAGGAGCUUCCUGCUUCCGGGACUUAGGUCCUCUCUGCGCAGGCGCCUGCCCACAAAGAGCUAGCUGGCUUCCCGCAGGAAGGGUUCAAAGGUCGCACUGUUCCCUUUCGUCUUCCUGCCGGAACUUACAGAUGUCUCAGCAUGGCUGACAUAGAGCACGCAGAGGCCCAGCUCUCCGAGUUAGACCUGCUGGCCAGUAUGUUCCCUGGUGAGAGUGAGCUCAUGGUGAACGACCAGCUGGCACUAGCAGAGCUGAAAGACUGUAUUGAGACGCGGACAAUGGACGGGCGAUCGUCACAAGUGUACUUUACGAUCAAUAUGAACGUGGACUUCUCUGAAGAAGCAAUGGUGAUGUUUUCUCUGUCUUGCAUUCUUCCCUUUAAAUACCCUACAGUCUUGCCUGAAAUUACAGUCAGAUCAGUGUCACUGAGCAGGUCCCAGCAGACCCAGCUGAACACAGAUCUAACAGCAUACCUGCAGAAGAACUGUUUGGGAGACGUCUGUAUACUGAAUGCCACAGAGUGGGUGAGGGAGCAUGCGGCUGACUAUGUCAGUAGAGAUGCCUUCCCCUCCUCUGCCAAGGAAAGCGUGGUCCAGCCAGCGGAUCUCACUCUCACAAGGCUCUGGAUCUAUAGCCAUCACAUCUACAACAAAUGCAAACGAAAAAACAUUCUAGAGUGGGCAAAGGAACUGUCCCUGUCCGGGUUUAGCAUGCCUGGGAAACCUGGUGUCGUGUGUGUGGAAGGCCCCCAGAGUGCUUGCGAAGAAUUCUGGUCAAGGCUCAGAAAAUUAAACUGGAAGAGAAUUUUAAUUCGCCAUCGAGAAGAUAUUCCUUUUGACAGUACAACUGGUGGAAUGGAAAAACAACGGAAGUUUUGUGUUUUUGAAGAAAAGGCCUUCAGUGUCCAUGGAGCCAGAGGAAACCACAUGGACUUUGGUCAGCUGUACCAGUUCUUAAAUGCCAGGGGUUGUGGGGAUGUGUUCCAGAUGUUCUUUGGUGUAGAAGGACAGUGACUAAGCAAGGGGGUGUUCAUGCCUGUUGGGCCAUUGUUCCUCUUUCGAUUAUUUCUUCCCAUUCUUUCUAGAAACUUAAUUUUAGUUCCAUUCUAGAAUGUUAUAGGGUUGCGGACAUAAGAAAAAAAAUUAAUACAGUUGAAAUUUGUUUGUUAAAAUAUGCCAUGCCAGGCCAAGCAU